UAUUUUAUACUGGUACCGAAACGGUGACCGGAUUACAUUUUCUCCGCAGCCAAACAUCGACUACAUUCACAAAAUUUCACAGAGAGACAGAGACAGAGACAGACUGAGAGAAGAGGAUUCGGUAUUCGUGAGAUAGGUUUUGAUCAAGCGCCACUCUCUACCAUGGAAGGUAAUUCAUCGCGCCCCAAUCUCAAGCGCCCUUUCUUCGAAGACGCCGACGACGACAAGCUUGACUCCUCCAACAAACCCUCAGCGCCAAAGAGGGUUAGGUUCCCAAAGGGAAAGAAGGUUAAACCAGCAGCAGAAGAAGCCGUGGUGGUCGUGGACCGCGGUCCAGCUGUGGAUGACGAUCCUACCGACUUGAUGAAUCCCCGCGCUGCCGCCAAGGAGCGUGCAAAGCGUCGGACACAGUUCACUGCUGAACUCUUUACUGAAGAAAGUAGAGGCAUUCUCAAUGAUGUCGCGGCUGCUGAAGUCGAUUACAAGGAUAAUGACAGCUUUGUCGAUGAUGGGAUUCAGAUAGAACCUUUCAAUUUAGACAAAGAGAGGGAAGAGGGCUAUUUCGAUGCGGAUGGAAAUUUUGUUGAAUAUGUCAACGAUAAUGAAAUUAAGGAUGCAUGGCUUGAUAGUGUUGAAGCUGAACCAAAAUAUGCUGGAAAAGGGUCUGCUGUAAUAAACAAUGAAGAUGAUGCCAAUGACCUUUCUUCUGAUGAUAUUGGAACGAUGAAGAGGCGUAUUGCUGACAUACUUGAGCCAGGAGAAACGGUUUUGCGAGCUUUGAGAAGGUUAAAGGGUACUUCAAACAGGAAGGAGAAGAUGUCAGCUGAAUCAAAGAUUGUAUUUGACCAGCUUACAGAAGAUGCAAUGAAGCUGAUGGAGAAUGGUGAAUAUGAUGUGUAUCAUGAAAAGCAGGAGGUCUUUCAGCGUGAGGCAGAAGGUUAUGAGAGAUUGGCUAAGGCAAGAGGUGAGGGCAUAUCAACAAGUGCAGGUCAGGGGGGUUCUACUUAUUUUGGCAUAGGAAAUGGCUUGCUGUCUGACAUGACAGAUACUGAAGUAGCCUCCACAGUGCUGCCUGGUCCUGUUGUGGAUACCUUGAACCCAAGUGCGUCUACUGCUGAAACAUCAAGCAAUGACGCUGAUGCUUAUGAUAUGUUUGGGGAGGAGGAUGAAAAUGCCACUGCUAAACCAUCUUUUGAUGGAAGUAAUGUAGUUUCUGGACAUAAUUCUGAUGCAGUCAACCAACCAUCAGCAAGCACCCUAAACUCUGAAUCAGAAAGUGGAGCUUUGCAAAAUGAUUACGUGUAUGAUGAUUCCACUGGGUACUACUAUAGCAGCAGUUUGGGGUACUAUUAUGACCCAUCUACAGGACUGUUUUGUUCUGCAGCAUCAGGACAAUGGUAUUCAUAUAAUGAAGAAACCGGCACAUAUGUUGAAGUUCAGCAGGUUGCAUCCAAUGCGAUUUGAAAGGGGGAGAGUUCUACUGCUUCACUUUAGGACUUUGUACAGUUCAUGGAGCAUAGAGUUGUACUAUGUGGAAUUGAAUGGUCAGAUAGGUUUUCCGUGGGAACCAAUGUUUCUUGCAAUUGGAUAGUCAUAGUUUUGGAUUUUCUUGCCCAAGGUGACUUAAUUUAAUGAUGUGUCAACAUGUUAUUGUUUUGCUUUUUAGAUGAUUAUGAAUGGUUUUUCAAUUCACUUCUAAAUUGAUCCAGUACCAUCUCAACAUUGCAUCUAUGGGAAUGUUAUUUUGCCUUGAA